CGGAGAUAACGAAAUAGUGUUGAAAAGAACGAAAAAAGUCAUGUCAGCUGGUUUGAUCGGACUAUUAACAUUGCGACGAGCCACCUCGAAAUUAUGGAACUUGGAGAGCUGCUGCAAAUGUGUCACGCGAGUGGGGCACUUUCGCGCCUUGUCGUCGCGAGCAUUUUUGCUCUCGCGAUUACAGACUUCUAUUGGCUGGACGGGGACGACACUGCGAAGUCAAUCUAAGGCUGCCACCUAUUACAGCUACUACAGCUACUCCACUGUCACUACCUACAUUCCGACGGAGCUGAAGAUCGUUAAGGAUCUCAAGGAAUCGAGCAAUUACGAUGGCAUCGUCUUGAUCUCCGGUACACCUCCAGGGGAGCAGGAGCCCGAGCCCUUCAAGUCCAUACUGUCCACCAAUGCUCAGAUGGACUCUGGGCUAUUCGAGAACGGUGCCGUCUUGCCGAUCGAUUUACCCCCCAAGCGAUUCGUCUACAGCCCGACUGGACCUAUGGACCCCGACUACGAUGACGUCAGGGUGUACACCGAAGCCGCGAUGAAGGGCAUGAAACGAGCUCUGAAAGCUGGGAUGAAGUCUCCAUUAUUAAUACUCCUGCCCGACACGCGUUACAAGCACACGGAACUGGUCACUCUUCUCGGCGCUCUCGAGGCCCUCUACGUGCCCCUGGAGGUGCGCGAGAUCAGCGACGACCGUACCCACAAAGCCAAGUACCUCGGCAUCUGGAGCCCGAUCGACAGCAAAAAGCUCGAGACCAUCGUGAAACUCGCCACCGCACUCGAGAGCGGCAGAUACGUCGCCCGCGACAUCGGUGGCUCGGACCCCGAGCGAAUGGCACCCCCGAAAAUCGAGGAGUACAUCCAGAAGCUCUUCAAGGGCACCUCCAUCGACGUCCAGGUGACAUCGGAUCGCCCGACCCUGGAAAAAGAGUACCCACUUUUCGCUGCGGUGGACCGCGCCGCUUCCACCAUUCCCCGUCACGCCGGUCGCGUCGUUUACCUGACCUACGAACCCACCGACGCCAAAGAGACCAUCAUGCUUGUCGGCAAAGGCGUCACCAUGGACACCGGGGGCCUCAACAUCAAGACGGGCAACAAAAUGACGAGCAUGAGCCGCGACAAGUGUGGAGCCGCUUCCGCUGCCGGUUUCAUGCAGACGGUGAACUUGCUCAAACCAUCUGGCACCAAAGUCAUGGUGGGGUUGGCUCUCGUGCGAAACAGCGUAGGUGAGAACGCCUACGUCGUGGACGAGGUGAUCACAGCGAGGUCGGGGGCUCGAGUUCGGGUCGGCAACACCGACGCCGAGGGUCGUUUUGCCAUGGCCGACCUGCUUUGCCGCUUCAAGGAAUUGGCCGUGAAAGAAGUGAAUCCCCACUUGCUCACCAUUGCCACGCUGACUGGUCACGCCCAGGCGUCCGCCGGUAUUGGGUACUCGAUCGCGAUGGACAAUUCGGUGGCGAGAUCGGCAAACAACGCGUACAAACUGCAGGAGUCAGGGGAGUCGUUGGCCGAUCCGUUCGAGGUUUCUAUAAUUAGGAAGGAGGAUUUGAAGAGCAUGAAGGGCGAAGCCGAAGGUAUCGAUGUCUUGCAAAUUCAAAAGAAUUCGGACGAGGGACGGGGCCACCAGUCCGCCGGGGCGUUCCUUGUUCUUGCUUCUGGCCUGAAAAAGCACGACGUGGCAUCGGAGAAGCCGCUCAAGUACACGCAUCUGGACAUUGCCGGUAGUGCAGCCAUGGACAUGAACAAGAAUGUCAAUGCGGUGACGAUAUGCGCACUCGCAAAACAUUUCUUUGAAAAAAUGUUUGAGUGAUACGUUCCAGAGGGCAAGUGAGAUUUUGUGAGUCCUCAGGACCAAAGGUUCCGAGUGAUGAGGCACGUUGUUUUUUUUACAAUGUUUAUUUUUUUUCUCAUGGAGCUAUUUGUUUGGUAUUUUUGUUGUAUAAUAUUAUCUUUUCCUUUUUUUUUUUUUUUUCUUAAGGCAAAACAAUUUUGCAAUUGGGUUUUCUGCGCCAUUGUAUCAUAUCAUUAUGGCCUUUUAAUAUUUAUUGUAUCCUAUAAUAUGUAAUAUUGUACUGGAAUAAAAAAAAAAAAAAA